UUGUCAUUUAUCAAUGGGCGAUGGGCGAUUCUUGAAAAUUACAAAAUUAGUGAAAUAAUUUUAAAGCGUAUAUUAAAUAUUAAGUUAUGAAACUACGCCAAGACUGAUAAAAUAUCCAUUCCGCAAUUGAAUUAAUUUGGUAAAUCCUUUCAAUUAUCAAUCCAGUUGUUUUAAGAUGAGUAUGAAUUUCUCAAGUUUUUUCAAGAGGAAACUUCACAAAGAAGAAAAUAAUAUUGCUGUAAUAGGUACUCCAACUAAUGUUAAUCAUGAUAUUCACGUUACGGUAGAUGAAAAGGGGCUUUUAACCGGUCUCCCUUCAGCUUGGAUGAGACAAAUUGGUACCCAAAUCACGAAAGAUGAGCAAAGGGAAAACCCAUUAGUAGUUAAACAAGUUUUGAAAUACUACAAUUUUUCCAUAAAGAAAGGCAAUGAGGAUAGACCUGAGUUUAAGCACAUUAUUACUGAAAGGGAUAUUGUAGAAGAAUCUAAACAAAUUGAUCUGUAUACUCAAUCUAAGGAUGCCCAUAAAAGUAAAGAUUCCUUAUCCGAUUCUGAACAAAAAGAAGAUAAAAGAUCUUCAUAUCCUGUUAGACCUCCAAGAAAAAUUGAUGGAAGUAACUUAAUUCAAACAAAAACUCUCGCCCAAAAUAUUGUAGACUUAACUCUAGUUGAUGAUACCAAAAAAGAAGAAGUAGAAAUCAGACAUAAAUCAGAUUCAACUGUCGAUUUAAAUGAGGAUGGUGAUGACAUGCUCAGGCGACGUAGUGGUAUGACAGAUGAGGAUUAUAUGAUUGAAAUACGUAAAAUCUGUAAUCCUGGAGAUCCAGAUGACUUUUAUGAACGUAGUCACAAAGAUUUGGGAUCUGGUGCUUCUGGUCUUGUAUUUGCUGCUACAUGUAUAAAAAAUGGAGAACUAGUCGCAAUUAAAGAUAUUGAUAUGACAAAGCAACACAAAAAAGAUCUCCUUUUAAGUGAAAUUAAAAUAAUGAAGAAUUUUAAGCAUAAAAAUUUAGUCAACUUUCUUGAUGCUUUUGUGGUAAAUGAUGAUCACCUCUAUGUGGUCAUGGAACUUUUAGAUGGUGGCCCACUAACAGAUGUUGUAACUGAAACUGUUAUGAAAGAAGGGCAGAUUGCAGCAGUUUGUUAUGAAGUGCUACAGGCUAUUAAUUAUUUACAUGAAAGAGGUACAAUACAUAGAGAUGUUAAAUCUGACAAUGUCUUACUGGGUAUGAAUGGUACUGUCAAAGUGACAGAUUUUGGUUUUUGUGCUAAUGUAAUUGGUAAUGAGCAAAGAGAAACCAUGGUUGGCACUCCAUACUGGAUGGCUCCUGAGGUAGUCACAAGACAAAAAUAUGGUAAGAAAGUGGACAUAUGGUCUUUGGGCAUAAUGAUUGUUGAAAUGCUUGAUGGAGAACCACCUUAUCUAAGAGAACCCCCUUUGAGGGCUUUGUACUUGAUAACUGCUAAUGGAAGGCCAAACAUUGUUAGAUGGAACACUUUAUCUGAAAAAUUACAAAGCUUCAUUGAUCUUACACUACAAGUUGAUGUUGAUAGAAGAGGUACAGCCAGGGAUUUGUUACAGCAUGAGUUCUUGUUAGAACGAAUGGAGUUGAAGACUCUUACUCCCCUCAUUAGGGCUGCCAAAAAGAUGUUGCACAAAACUUAAAAGAGAGUUAAAAAUUGAUACAUUGAUUUGGUACUCCUUAUUACAGUCAGAUAAGUUUUUUUCUACUACUUAAGGAUAAUUUUAAUUCUAUCUGGCAUUAGUUUCAUAAAUACUAAUCUGUUGGAUGACUGGAAAAAUCCUUUGUUGAUUACAUGGGUAGUUUGACCUUAAAACUUUUUAAAACCUAAAAUUUUGAUUUUAAGCAUAAACAUUUUAUUACCAAAUAAAAAUUAUUGGUUAAAACUUCAUUAUAUUACUUUUUAUAGGUGACAUUUUUAAAGACUGAAAAAAAAAACUAAUUGUAUUUAUAAAAAUUAACACCAUUCCUAGAUAUAUCUACAUAAUUUUUAAAUAGUAGAAAAAAAAGUUUUUUUAAUGAAACACGUCAUUUGACUGUAAUUUUGUGAGAACAGUUUCAUUUUAAAAAGCUGGGUUUACAUAAUAUAGUGCAUGUCUUUUAGAGUAUGUUUUGUGAACAUACACCAUGUUAUAUCUUGAUAAAAGUGCCUUAAUUUUUACAAAUCUUGACAGUUUGCUUAUUUUUAAUAAUAUCAACAGUAUUUUAAGCUAAAAACAAAAUUUUGUCACAGUUAUUUUUUCUAUUAACAGUUCUGAAGUUAAUAUUGAAAUUUUGUAUUUUAUUAUAUUAUUUAAUAUGCAGUAUUCGAUUUUCUGUCGCAAAUAGUUUUAAAUUGGAUUAUUCUCAUUCUGUUUAAUUUUAUAGCUUUGCCAUCAAAUGAUGGAUAUUCCUAAACUAUUAAAAUUAUUUUUUAGUUCUUGUUUGGGAAUUACACUCUGAAAAAACAUUUUAAUAUUUAAAGUAAUGAAAUAUUUAUUCCUUGGCAUUAUUUUUCAAAAAAAGCAAAUUUAAAUAUUUUUUGUUUUUUAAUAGAAUUCGUUAGGUACAACACAACGAUCAAAAACCGCCACAAGUCAAAUAACAAAGAAAAUUACAUUUUUGGUUUAAUGGAUGCAAAAUAUCAUUGAGUUUUUAUUUUAAAUACCGCCAUAAACCAAAAUAUCCUUAGUGAUACCCGAAAAUCAUUUAAAAUCUAGCCACAUACUGUACCUAAAACCGCCUUAAUUUGGGUUAUUUUCUGCAAAAACACACAAAUUUUUUACAAACUACGCAAUAACCCAAGUUAGGGUGCUUUUAAAAUCGUAAUCGUUAAUUUUAACAGCAAAAUGUUGUAGCACUUUAAAUAAAAUAUAAAGAUUUUAUGCCAAAUGAAAUUCCUCAAAACAAUAGUAUUUUAGUUGUGGCAGUAUUUCAUUGAACCUUCGAAUGUAAUUUCAGUAAUAUCCAUUAAAAAGUUAUUUCUUCGUUUAAAAAAGUUAGUUGUGCCAGUUUAGGUCAUUUAUAAAAUCUGAUCCAGUAUUUUGAAUAAUAUGGUGAGUUACUUUAUAAAAUAAACAAAUUUUCUUUUGUACUAUUGUGACACAAAUUUUAACUAUUUUUUGAAUUUAUAUUUUUUCCUAUUGGGAUUUGAUUAGUAAAAUGCUUUUAAAGUUAAAAUGUUGUCAAUAUAUAAUUUAGAGAAAAAGAUUUGAUACUAUUUAGAAGAAAGAAAACAACCUUUUUGGUCCUUACCACCAAAUUUGGACAAGUGUUCAAAAGUAUAAAACAUUAUGUAUCAUGCUUUCUUUCUAUUUUUUAGUAAGGUGGAUUAUGUAAAUUAUUACUAAUUCCCUUUUUUAAGAAAUGCCAUACUUGUAUUUAAUAUUGUAAAAAUUAUAAUUAUUAAUAUUCAACUCAGAUCAUUUGGCAAAGACUGAAUACGUUUCUAAACUUAUGUAAUGUGUUCCAAUAUAUAUGUAUAAACAAUUAUUUUUCUCAAAAACAAAAAAAAACAUUUUUAUAACAAUAUAAAUCCUGUGUAUGUGAAUUAUCAACAAAAAUGUUUCCAAAGUAAUCUAUGUCCGACGAAGACGGGGAUAUGAGUCUUUGAUAAGGCAACAACUACACCAAUAAUUGGCACUAUUAAACACUGAUAUGUAUUGAAUAAUUACUUUCACCAUUAAUAACUUUAAGCAUAUAAUCUUUUUUUCUUGUAAUUUUAGUUUAUUGGUGAGGUAAUUUUAGUUCUAAUAAUGUUAUCUUUCCUGAAAUAAGUAUUAUAGAAAAAGUGAUUUGAAGCACCAGUCAUUGAAACUUGAGUUUUUUCAUGUAUCAGUAAUUGACACACCGAUUGGACCACAGUAUGCAAUAACGAAUUAAGCGUCAAAAUUCAAAAAUCCAAUAAAUGGUGCUAUCCUUUAAUAACCAUUGAAACUUAUAUAACAAAACUUAUUCUUAGUUAAAAUUCACCAUUUUACUGAUUUUAAGGACACGUGUAUUUAGCGACAUUUUCAUAGGAAAUACUAGCUUACUAUUCUUGUUUCUCAUAAUCAUGUAAAUGUCGCUUAAUUCACAAUUAAAUAACGGGGUCCAGUUAUUGACACAAACUAAAUAGUUUUUUUAUUAAACUCAAAAUUUUAAUACACUAAAUGAAUAUAAACAGCAAAUUCACAACUUUGCCAGUGCAUAAUUUUUUGUAGGUGCCAAAACUGUUAUGGACACUUCAUGUGCAAAUAAUUGAUACCCGGUUAGUGACUGGAAACAAAAAGCUGUUAAAAGGUUGAUUGCAAAUUUGUUUUGACAGUAGACAACACCAGUAUUUGUUUGAUGACUAGUAAUGGACAGGGUUUGUCAUUUACUGGAACACACUGAUUUUGCUUGUUCCAGUUAUUGACACUUUAACAAAAAUGAGGUUAUAUGAUCAAGCCUAAGAACCAGUAAAAAUCCCGCUGCAAUAUUUAAUGGACACCCAGAAAUAUUUUAAAUACAUUUAACAUGAAGUAAAGAGAAAUAUAGAUAUUUAAUUUGGUCUUACUGACAUUAUUUUCUUAAGAUUACUACACCUGCUCUUUUCUCCAUUUUGUCAGAUCGUUAAAAUGAUAGAAUGCCUAAUUAUUAGAAUUAUCUAGUUUUAGCAAUCGAGCAAAUGUUCAAAAAAUCAGAUGAAAGUAAACACGAUACAAUAACAAAAAGUUAAAAUAGGAUACAUUUGAAGGUAUGGUCUGUGUACAUUUAGCUCCUAGUCCUGAUACAAAAAAAUGUUGAUGGUCAUCGGAAUGAUAGUGAUAAAGAAUCUCAAUUAAGUUUAUUAGAAAAAAACACUUUUUCACCACAAUACCAGAGUAAAAACCAAAUAAAGGAUCAACAUGAAAACGAUUACUACUAAGAAGAGAGUACAGUACAAAAAAAAUGGUCGCCAUUUCUUUAAAAACAAAUGGUCAAGAAAAUCUGACAAAAAAGUAAAAGUGGCUCAAUUUGAGGUUAAAUCGCACACAAAUUCUUCUAUCAGAACUAGAGGUUUAAACCAAACAAUUUGCAGUCGAUGAAGUAAAUUAUACAGUCCAGAUGAAAUGACUAAUAAAUUUGGUGGAUCCAUUGUUACAAGUAACCAAACCUAAAAAAAUAAUUGAUUAAAUUAAAAAAGAUGUUUCAAAUACUACAAUAUUUACAAAACGAAAAUUUAGAACAGAACAAAGCUAAAAAGCAAUUCAAAAUACAACGAAAGAGGCCCUAAGAAUUGAUAAUGCAUUGGAUUUGUCUACAAUUGAAGAAGAAUUACUACUAAUAACCACCAAAAAGGAAGCUCGUAUAAAAAAAAUCAGAUAAUUCUAAUAAAAAUAAAGAAUUUACUGAAAGUAAAAUUAAUAAAAAUCCAGAUGGAAGUAUGAAGAUCAAGUAUGGGAGUUAAUACAACAGAUAAAUAGACAAAAAAAGAUCGAAAUAAAAUAGUGAUGCUUUCAAAUUUUCAGAAAAAAUAUUAAAGGACCAGAGUGAAGUUCCUGAAUAUAUUUCACAAAAAUCAAAUGUUGAGAACCUAUAAUGGGCUAUAAUUCUUAUCCGGAAUCGUACCAAAAAGGUAAAAUUUAAAAUAUUGAAGAUCUUAUGCACCAACUGGCUCCAAGCUGGACUGCUACUGCUUUUUUUAAUAACGAAAUGGUGACAAUUACAUCGAGCGACUAUAUUGGAAAAUAUUUAGUACUAUUUUUUGUCCUUUCAAUUUUGCAUCAUUUUAGCCAUUGAUAACUCCUAUGUCUUUUAUUGAGUUAAUUACAUAAGUCAUUGGAUGUUCAGUAUAUUCCUUUUUUUACUCACCGUGUGCGAUUAAAUUAUGAUAAAAUAACAAUUUUAGAAAUCUAAAAUUUCCUCAAUUGGCAGAUAAUAAUCAUAAGACUUCAAAAGCAUAUAUGAUGUACUUUGAGAAGUUGGGUCACUCGUACAGGGGCUUUUAUAUAAUGGAUCCAGAAGGAAUUAUUUUUGUAAUAAUUGUGGCUGAUGUUUCUCUAGGUCUGGUUGAAUUUUUUAUUAUAAUUCGAAAACAUAAUUUCGUAAUUCUAUGUAAUUUAAGUAUAAAAAUUAUUUUGUAACUGACUAUUAUAGAGCCGCCUAACAUCCUUUACGUAGGAUGCUUAAUUGCUAAAUAUUCUAAUACCGAUGUUUCAGAAAAAUUUCUCUAUAUCAAAAUGUUCUUAUUUUUGAAGAACAGUAGUGUCAAUUAUUGGUACACUUAAAUUCAAACCGACACAUAAACAAAAGAAUUGUACGCUCAGAGAUGCGUGAAUUUUUCCUAAUCUGAAUAUCAUUGACUUAUGGGGUUUGUCAAACUUAUUGAACUUGGAAUAUUGAGAACGGAACAAAUUAAUAUAUUUCUUUGAAAUCUUGUUUAAUUUGCUGUUAAAUAUUUACUUUCACUUAAAAAAUACACUGACCAACAAAAAAAGAGAAUCGCUAAAAUAUUUUCUUUAAUAGUACCUAUAAAAUAUUUAUUUAAGUGUUUUUGAGUUGACUUGGAUUUGGGAUGUAUUAUUUUUCAGUUUAUUUAAUAUUGUUUUAAGCCUGGACUUUACAAUAAGACAUAUCCUUAUCAGCAACAAAAAAGAAAUAUGAAAAAUUAUCACCCAUGUUCUUUAUGUUAUCCAUGUUUAGAGAUCUUUCCACUUUGUUUCUUCAGAUAAUCUUAGGGUUGUCUGCUUUUGUUUUUCAACCUAAAAGUGUGUAUUAAAGCUCUUACUGAAACUCCUGAGCUACUACUACUGUUUUCCUAUGAAAUAAUGAAUGCUUAAAUAAUUCAAAUAAAUCGUUUUCUUCUUACGUAGUUAAUGCAAGCAAAUUCCUUAUAACUCGUUCAAUA